CGGCGGAGGGAUACACGGACAAUCCCCCCCUUGUGGUAGCGGCAAUAUACACGGCUUUCCCCCGCCAGUGGAGCUCCAUCUAACGGACGAGCACAUUCCCGAUCCUCGGACUGCUGCCUCCACACACCGACAAGCACACAAUCCAUCAAACAUGGCCGACCAACUAACAGAAGAGCAGAUCGCAGAGUUCAAGGAGGCUUUUUCCUUGUUCGACAAGGAUGGAGACGGCACCAUCACCACCAAAGAACUUGGCACCGUCAUGAGGUCGCUGGGACAGAACCCCACAGAGGCCGAGCUGCAGGACAUGAUCAACGAGGUGGACGCUGACGGAAAUGGAACCAUCGACUUCCCAGAGUUUUUGACCAUGAUGGCCAGGAAAAUGAAGGACACAGACAGCGAGGAGGAGAUCCGUGAGGCUUUCCGGGUAUUUGACAAGGAUGGAAAUGGCUACAUCAGCGCUGCAGAACUGCGUCACGUGAUGACGAACUUGGGAGAGAAGCUAACAGACGAGGAGGUGGACGAGAUGAUCAGAGAAGCAGACAUCGAUGGAGAUGGGCAAGUCAACUAUGAAGAGUUUGUACAGAUGAUGACUGCAAAGUGAAGCCUGCCUGUCCCCUCUUAGAAGAAAACAAAAAAAAGAAAACAAUGGUGAAAAAAAAAAAGUUUUACUUACCUCUUAAGAAAAAAAUCAUUUAUUCAUACUGUUUCUGUAUAGAAAAUAAUUGAAUGUUGAAAUAAAAAUAUCCUUCUGUCCACACAGGAAACUAUUAAAAAAAAAACAACCUAGAAAAUAUCUGCAUGAUUAAAGAUUGUUAGUGAUCCUUCCCCUCCCCCCUCCCCUCCAAAAACUAAACAAUAACACUCGUAACAACGACUAAAGCGGUUUGGUGUCCAGUUCCAUUUGCUUGUGCUAAAUGUCUGGGCUGGUCAUCUCCUCUUGAUAUUUUUCUGUCCUAUGCAUGCAGUUUGAGACCGGAGCGCUCACAUACACACACACACACACACACAAUUACCCUAGCCCUAACCCCCCCAUUCCUGCUCCGGCCUACCAGAGCGUGCUAAUUCCGCUGUCCUAUCGACGGUUCGGUACAGUUUUUUAUAUUUGCAGAAGAGCCUGUCAGGCUAGGAUAAGAGAAUAUUCCAGAAGUGAGAGAGAAAGGUUUAGUCGAUGUAAUAACACUUUGGCAUGUUUUCUAUGUUCUGUUGAAAAGGACGACUAUGUUUGGUGGUCGUGUGUGGCCCUUUAAACAGGAGGGGGGGCCUUGAAGAGUCUUACAGUCUGCUUUGCAUUUUUUUUUGCUCUUUUCUUGUGAGAGAAUCACUGGCCUUCACUUUUCUUUCUCUUCUGUUUCUUCUCAACUCGCAGAAGACGAGGGCAGGCGGUGUGGUUGUAAACGCAGCGCACCGCCGCCUUUUUGUCUCCGCAGUUCAGUUUACAUUCAUUCCAAGUUGUACAUGCUAUAGUUUGUUUUUGUUUCUUUUGUUUUUCAAAUAAAAACCAUGAAUUUAA